CCCAGAGGGCAGACCCUCAUCAUGGUCUCUUCAUUCCUUUUGUUGCUCCCUAUCUUACUCGCAUCACAUCUAGUCCAGGCAUGGCAGCCAGACUAUGUUCUUCGCAUCUCUAAUGACACCAUCGCCGCAGAUUGUACUGCCCGGAAAUCCACGGUCAUCAAUGGAACCUCUCCCGGACCAGAGAUCAGAGUGAAGGAGGGCGACCAUGUGUGGAUCAGGGUGUACAAUGAUAUGGAGGAGAGCAAUACGACGUUGCAUUGGCAUGGGAUAAGUCAGUACAUGUCUCCGUUCGCGGAUGGAACGCCGGCGACCAGUCAGUGGCCUAUCGCGCCCAACACCUUCUUUGACUAUGAGUUCAUGCUCGAGAAGGGAAGUGCAGGAACUUAUAUGUAUCAUACUCACGUCGGAUUCCAAAUCGUCACUGCGUAUGGGGCUUUCAUCGUUGAAGACGACCCCGAUUGUGGGCCACCUUACGACUAUGAUUCCGACUUUACCCUCCUUUUCGGCGACUUCUACCACGCAUCGGACUAUAACAUCUCCGCUGGCCUAGCCGGUGCUCCAUUUACAUUCCCGGGCGAUCCCCAGGCCCUCACCGUCAACGGAAAUGCGUUCGGCUCAUGCAAUAACAGCACAAGUCAUGGAAAUUGUGUCGAGGGAUGUCAUACGGAGGUGAUUACCGUCGAGCCAGAUACAACGUACAGAGUGAGGGCGAUCGGGAUUACGGCAUUGUCGUUUUUGUACAUGGCUAUCGAAGACCACGACUCUUUCGAACUCAUUGAAGUCGACAGUGGAUACGUCAAUGCACACAACAUUUCCCAUCUCGAACUCAACUCCGGCCAACGCUACUCCUUCCUCCUCCACACCAAAUCCGUCAAAGAACUUGAGGCGCUCAAUAAAACCAUGUUCUGGGCGAAUCUCGAGACGAGAUGGCGGCCGACUAGGGAUCACGGCGCUUUCAUCUUGCAGUAUCAGCUUCCCAACACAUCUAUCUCCGCGUCUGCGUCGAUUUCACUCGGCGCCAUCGCCGUCAACGCGGAUGUAGACGUCGGCACGGCCAAUGCGUCUUUGCCCACAGAAGCCUAUUCUCCGAUCCCGCAACUCAACAAGACGGUUCCUCUGCCCGACGAGUCUCCCUUCUGGGUGAUUCCUGAGCUGAGCCCGUUGGAUGAGGAGGAUGUUCCGCCGAGUGAUGAGACUGUGUCUAGGAAGAUUUUCGUAUCGAUGCAGCAGCUCAAUGCGACUAUCGGUGCGAAUAAGUCACUCAGUGUGUGGUGGGUAGUCGAUAAAUACAAGUAUUCCGAGAACGAGCCAGAUACUCCCUACCUCGUUCAAGCAUACACGUCUCCAGACUCGCUUAACAUAAGUUAUGCUGCUGCUGCUGCUAACGGAGGGUUCGAUAACGAGACCGAGACGAUCCCUAUCAAGUUGAACGAGACAGUUGAUAUCGUGCUUUUGAACUUGGCGAGUGGAUAUGGGAGUCUGGGCCCGCACCCAUGGCAUAUCCACGGGAAGCAUCCGUAUCUCAUGGCACAAGGUUUGGGGAACUUCUCGGAUGAGGCGUAUGCGGCGGCCAGGAAAAACAUGACCGGAAAGCCUUUCAAGCGGGACACCAACAUUAUCUACCCUGGCCCACUCGGCGCAGACUAUCAAACCAACUACACUGCUGUCGCACCCGGCUCAAACGGAGGUUGGAUGGUCUACCGGAUGACCGCCGACGUCGCGGGAGCUUUCCUCUUACAUUGUCACCUGCAGCCACACGCGAUUAUGGGUAUGGCCACAGUGCUGUUGAUUGGCAUGGACGAGUUGCCGGCUCUGCCAAACGGGUUCCUUAUGGAGUAUGCGACGUACAAUGUGACACCGAGCGAGACUCCGAACAGUUUCUUCGACAUUUAUUCUAGCCGGAACAUGCACGACGUCCUGGCUGCCAACAUUACUUUCUAGGACACGGACCCUCCGGCAUAAUCGAUUUCGCCCUUGGACUCUAACUACCACUAUCUUUAACUCACCCUCGUUUCGACCAGGACUAUUGAUUCCUAAUUUUGAUUAUUAGCAUUGCGGUUGGAAUAGCUUGGGAAUAAUGGUGCCUACCUGCUCUACGGACAUUCUAGCUUCUAUUUAUUCGCUUGGUGACAGCUCUACUCACUGUUUUCGUACACGGUCUUUUCGGAAGUAUAGCAUAAUACCACUUCUUUCUCUCUUCCACAAGGGACUCACA